CAGAGAAACCACUAGGAGGCUCCCUCUGCGAGCCGUAGAAGAGGCGGCAGGGGACGGAGAGUGCCCUGCUCAGCCCAGGAGGAGCGACAUCCGCAAAAGUUGGCCUCUCUAGGCCUCUGCGCUCGCUCACUUUAACCGCUUGAGCUCUGCAGGAGUCUUGCAGGGACGGAAAUCCAGACGAGACGCUGUUCAAUGCAAAAAUAUCUCCUGAGCAAAGAGGGCCGACUGGCUUUGAGAAGAGAUCUGUGGCCCCAUUUAGAGCUGUGUUGGGGAACAGAGGAAGAUGGAGAUGCAACAUUUAACAGGUGAGGGAACUGGAAAAGGCCCUCCUGCUGCUCAACCUGGGAGCUGUGGGGAGAUCUGGGCAAGAACUGGACAGCAGACACUGGAGGAGGAAACCAUCCGUUCAGAGAUCCAGUGCUGGAGCUUCAGGAAUGUCCACUACCAGGAGGCCAAGGGCCCCCGAGAGAUUUGUAGCCAUCUCCACCAGCUUUGCCUUCAAUGGCUGCAGCCAGAGAGGAACACAAAGGCGCGGAUGCUGGACCUGGUGGUCCUGGAGGAUUUCCUGGCUCUCCUGCCUCCAGAAAUGGAGAGCUGGAUACGAGAAUGCGGAGCGGAGACCAGUUCCCAGGCAGUGGCCCUGGCGGAAGGCUUCCUCCUGAGCCAGGCAGAGGAGAAGCAGCAGGAAGAUCUGCAGCGGCAAGAGUCCUCCUUGGCUGUUGUCGCUGAAGAUCCCAAGAGAAGGAGAGAUGCAUCAAAUCCCUCUCGGGAGCUGCUUUUCAGGCACUUCUCCAAGGAAGAUCCAUGUCAGGACACCUCAGGAGGGAACAGAACCAUCUCAUUGGUAUUUGUAGGGUCAUCUUUUUCUGGUGGAACCGAAAGAGUGGCUGAACCUCCAGCUCAGGGUUUUGUGUCCUUCGAGGAGGUGGCCGUGUAUUUCUCCGAGGAGGAAUGGUCUCAGCUGGAUCCCCACCAAAAAGCUCUCCAUGGGGAAGUCAUGCUGGAGAAUUCUCAGAAUGUGGCCUCUCUGGGAGCCUAUGGGCAGGAGAAUGACAAUUGCAAGGAACCAUUCCAAGGGAUCAGUCACAAAAAGACAAAAGAGAGGCUUAAAAAUCGAACAGAUCCAAAAAACCAGGAGAGAAACCAGUCAAAAAAGGGGGGGAAGAAAAAGUUCAGUCUUCAGUGUACUCAGAUACAAGACAUUCUUGCUCAACAACCUUGGAAAGGAAGAAGAGAAGGAAAAUGUUUAGGGAAAAGGAGGAAAAUAUUCAAAGACAUAUUAGUUGUAAAUAAAAAUUUCAGAACUUAUACUAAACAAGAAGAUUGUGAAUUGAUGGACAAUGUAAAAUAUUACAAUACGACUGUUUCUUUAGCCAAAAGAAGAAGAGCAGGAGAAAAGCCAUAUAAAUGCAUGGAGUGUGGGAAGUGCUUCAAAUGGAGCCAUUAUCUUACUUCUCAUAAAAGGAUGCACACAGGGGAGAAACCAUAUAGAUGCAUGGACUGUGGAAAGAGCUUUAGUCAAAGCAGUCAUCUUACUUCUCACAAAAGGAUCCACAGUGGGGAAAAACCCUAUAAAUGCAUGGAGUGUGGAAAGAGCUUUUCUCAGAGUAGUCACCUUACUUAUCAUAGAAGGAUCCACAGUGGGGAGAAACCCUAUAAAUGUGUGGAGUGUGGAAAGAGAUUCCGGAGGGGCAGUGACCUUACCCAUCAUAAAAGGAUCCAUACAGUGGAGAAGCCAUAUAAAUGUAAGGAGUGCGGAAGGAGCUUCCGUGAAAAUCAGCGUCUCACCCUUCAUGUAAGAAUCCACACAGGAGAGAAACCAUAUCAAUGCACAAUGUGUGGAAAGAGCUUCAGGUGGAGCAAUUCUCUGAUUUCCCAUAAAAGGAUCCACACAGGAGAGAAACCUUAUCAAUGCAUGGAGUGUGGAAAGAGCUUCAGUACAAGCAGCAUCCUCUCUUCUCAUAGAAGAAUUCACUCAAAGGAGAAAAAACAUAAAUGCAUGGAGUGUGGAAUGAGCUUUAGUCAAAGGGCUUGCCUAAUUUCUCAUAAAAGUAAGCAUACAGGAGAGAAACCAUACAAAUGUGUCGAUUGCGGAAAAGGAUUCCAGAAAAACAGCUCCCUUAUGUCCCAUAAAAGAAUCCAUACAGGAGAGAAACCAUAUGAAUGCGUGGAGUGUGGAAAGAAUUUCCAUGAAAAUGGAUCGCUGACGCGUCAUGAAAGGAUGCACAGAGGGGAGAAACCGUAUAAAUGCAUGGAGUGUGGAAAGAGCUUCAACAACAGCACUAGCCUUACUUCUCAUAACCGGACUCACACAGGAGAGAAACCAUAUAAAUGUCUGGAGUGUGGAAAGAGGUUUGGUCAGAGUAGUCACCUCAUUUCCCAUAAAAGGAUCCAUACAGGGGAAAAACCGUAUAAAUGCAUAGAAUGUGGAAAAACCUUUAGUCAAAGCAGUGAUCUUGCUUCUCACAAAAGAGUCCACAUAGUGGAGAAACCAUAUAAAUGUACAGAAUGUGGAAAAAGUUUUAGAUGGAGUAGCGCUCUUGCUUCUCACAAAAGAACUCACACGGGGGAGAAGCCAUAUAAAUGCACUGAGUGUGGAAAGAGCUUCAAUGCGAGCAGCAACCUUACUUCCCAUAGAAGGAGCCACUCAAAAGAGAAACCAUAUAAAUGUAUGGAAUGUGGGAAAAGCUUUAGUCAGGGAUGUGACCUAAUUUCCCAUGAAAGAAUGCACUUAAUAGCAAAACCAUUUAAAUGCAUAGAAUGCGGAAAAUGCUUUCGAUGGAACAGUGCUCUUAGUUAUCACAAUAGAAUCCACACAGGGGAGAAACCCUACAACUGCAAGGAGUGUGGGAAGAGAUUCAAUACAAGCAGUAACCUGUCUUCACAUAGAAGGAUCCACUUGAAGGAGAAACCCUAUAACUGCAUGGAGUGCGGGAAGAGCUUUAGUCAGAGUUUUGACCUAAUUUCUCAUCAAAGAAUCCACACACACAAAAGCAUAUAAAUGUGCACAAUGUGGAAGGAAUUUGGCUUGGGUGCAAAUCUUACUCAAUGCAAAGAAUUCAUACAAAAGAGCAUUCUCCUGAAAUACAGAGAA